UCCAGAUCUAAUUAAGUGAAGUAGGAGCAACCAUUCAGAGACAAAUCACCUUACCAAUAUUUUCUCUUUCAAAAUUUUCCGAGAAAAUUCUUCAUUCGAUAUUUUCUCACUUGCUCGCCUCCCUUUCUUCUCUCUUCAGAUGAGACUUUACCGAUGUCACUGAGAAGAUCAUUUCUCUCGCGAAGGAUCAACAGUCGGUCCUUCUCGCUAUCAAAAUCGUUGAAAGAAUUAAAAACCCUAGACAUUGCAACACAGAUUGAAGCGAAACCGAGUAGUAAUUGUGAUGAGGCUGAAGUGGAAGGUCCAGAUCGAGGCUCGCAUGAAGGAUGUUGGGCGAGUAUGUUGCCGGAGCUACUCGGUGAGAUUAUGCAGAGAGUUGAAGCAAGCGAAGAUCGGUGGCCGAUCCGCCAAAGCGUUGUCUCUUGCGCUUGUGUGUGCAAGAGUUGGAGAGACAUCACUCAAGGAAUCGUUAGGUCUCCGCUUCAAAGUGGCAAGAUCACCUUUCCUUCUUCCCUCAAACAGCCGGGUCCCCGUGAUUCUCCUCUUCAGUGUCUCAUAAGACGGAACAAGAAGAAAAACACUUUUUACCUUUAUCUUGGUCUUACCCCAUCAUUGACAGACAAGGGAAAGUUUCUCCUAGCAGCACGAAGGUGUAGAAAUGGUGCUCAUACUGAGUACAUUAUAUCACUUGAUGCAGACGACAUAUCCCAAGGAAGUAAUGCCUAUGUUGGAAAAUUAAGUUCGGAUUUCCUUGGCACCAACUUCACAAUCUACGAUAGCCAGCCCCCACACAGUGGUGCGAAGCCGUCAAGUAGCCGAUCUAGCCGUCGUUUCGCAAGCAAGCAAAUAAGUCCCCAGGUUUCAGCAGGCAAUUUUGAAGUCGGGCAGAUCUCCUACAAGUUCAACCUCUUGAAGUCGAGAGGCCCAAGGAGGAUGAUAUGUGCCCUUCAAUGCCCAUCAAGCCCAUUGUCGGCCGACGCCAUCAAACACGAGGACAACUCUAAGAUGAAAGAUUCAGAGUUGGCUCUCUCUGGACACACGGUAUUGAGGAACAAAGCUCCGAGAUGGCACGAGCACUUGCAGUGCUGGUGCUUGAAUUUCCACGGUCGUGUGACGGUUGCGUCUGUUAAAAACUUUCAAUUGGUCGCGACAAUAGAUCAGAGCCAGCCAGGAGGGAAAGGGGAUGAGGAAACAGUUCUCCUCCAGUUUGGGAAAGUAGGAGACGAUACUUUCACAAUGGAUUAUAGGCAGCCCUUGUCAGCAUUCCAGGCAUUCGCCAUUUGCCUCACCAGCUUUGGUACGAAACUGGCUUGUGAGUAAUAUAUAUUUUCUUUCCUUUGAGCUGUGUGUAUCGAAGAAGCCGGUGCACCACAAUGUUCUAAUUUAAGUUUCUCGUUUGCCAUUUCUUUAACGUUGUGUUUGGUUGAGGGAUUUAGAGAGGAAUUUGAAAAAGGAAAGGGAAAAGAUAUGUGAAAUUAGGUGAAAUAUAAGUAUAUUUUAUUCAUAUUUUACCUAUCUUUUUUAUUUCUCUUUUCAAAUCUCUCAUUAAAUCCUUUAACCAAACACAGCAUAAACGAUAUCCCUGGACAGCUUAAGCAUAUGAUAUGAUGUGUACAUGUUGGUAUUAUUGUAUGUAUGAUAUUUGAUGUGACUUUUGAGUUCAUUAGCAAACAACAUUCGAGCAAGUAUGGUGGAACUAGUGGUUAUGAAAUUAAUGAAAUCCAAUGUUGUUGUCAGUGUGUGCAA